AAAAUGCAUCCUGGGAUGGCGAGCGAGUUUCGAAUAAGUCAACAUAUGACAUGGCUACGUUUGUAACAGAAGCACCAGAUUUCCACAAGCAUUUUGCUUUGAAAAGACUUUCCCACUAAGGGAACCUAAAGCCAGUAUUGGUCCAUUCCGUGCAACACAGAUUUGGAAUGAGCUUAUUGCUCACAUGAAGAAGAAGGUAGAACUAAAGAGACGUCGACAUAAGAUGCGUGUUUAUAACAACUGUUUCACGGGAACAGAUGCUGUUGAUGUCAUUUUGCACUAUCUGCUUAGCGAUAAAGAUACUUUUUCGACAGACCUUACCAGAGAAAAAGCUGUUAAGGUUUGCCAGCUGCUGCUAACAAAGAAAGUUUUUGAACCUGUCACAUCUCGUCAUGGGAAUAACACUAAGCAUGCUUUUGAGGAUACUAGUGGAAAAUUGUAUUGCUUCAUUGAGACGGACUCCUCGGAAAAUAGAGAAAAUGAGCCUCCCAUCGAAAAUGACUCAGAUGAUGAUUCAUUAUGUGAUGAAACUGACAGUCACUGCACUGAAAGCAGGAGAGGUAGUCUCCUGAUGGAACCUUUGUCUGGAAAAGUUGGCAUCAUCCAUCCUGAAUCAAAGGCCGAUCAUAAGAGUCAAGCGUCUUUCUGCUCAUUAAGUUCCUACAGUUCUUUACCUUCCUUGUCAGAUUUUGAUUCAAGCAAUGACAGUUCUGGAGCGGUCACAAAGGAUGUCAUCGAGGAAGUGUGGAGAGAAGUGGCCCUGGCACAGCUGACGACCUUGAUUGACUUGACCUUUCUGGACGGCGUGUUGGCAGAGGACAAGCUGAGCAAGCGGCAGCAGCAGCACCAUAACCUUAUCAUCUCCAAUAUUGUGGCCAAGAACUGGCAUCUCCCUAUCACACAGAGCCUUAUCAACCUCAAUCUAGUGGGGUUAGAGGAGGCCGAAGAGGAUGGCGUAAUACAGACGGCCAUUGCCUGCAUUGAGUGUUUGCCUAAAGGAGCAUCCUUGUUAACAGAAAACAACUUCCAGAAAAAUGAUGACUCCACCAAGCAGCAAGCUUUUGAACUUCUCCACAAACAUUACAGCUGCUUAGCAGAAACCAUUUUGCCAGGGCGAUUUUUUGACUUGCACAUGGCCAUUUUGAACCUUGUGCUUCAACGCCAUGACAAACAAGCCCUGGAGGCACUGAGGCUGGACAUGAUCCUCCUGCCGGUAACUGCCAAAGAAGAGCUUCACCGUUUGCUCAAAUUUAUGACGGCUGUAUCACUUGACACUAGCCUAACUCUUGAUUCCAGUGAUUCAAAUGAGGUGGUUGUUUUGAGGGCUUUCUCUAAUGCCAUUUUCAAACACAAACUGUUAGCCCCAAACCUUGGAUCAACAUUGGUGCAAUUCAUGAUGCAACACCUGCGCAAGAUGUUCACUGUGCCUUAUGUCAUCCGUGAGAAAGUAUCCCUUAGGCUAUAUCAGAUAAAAAGUGGACAAAGUCUUCCAGAAUAUGAUACCACAUUUUGUGAUCGAGUAUCAAAGGAAGAGUUUGAUCGCCAGGCACGUGAUUGCACCCAAGAAGCGCUUGUGAAUCUUAUGAACAACAUUCUUGAUGAUACUAAACUUACGUUAAAAGAGAAGAAACAGAAACUAAAACAUUUUCAGAAGUGUUACCCUACCCUUUAUGAAAGACACUUCUCUGGCAUGGUAUGAAAUUUUUGUAAUGGUCGAACAGUUCUUCCUUACCCAAACUUCAGAGUGAAAAAAGCAUCUAGUCCUUUCUGUUGCUUUUUUUCAUAGCGACAUUGUUUGAGAGGACAUCUAUCUUCCAAAAGAAUCUAUUGAAGUUUAUGUGCUCACUGUUGAUAUAUUUUAUAUUUAACAAUGAAACUCCUUUGUAUGCACAGAUAAUUGAAACAUCUUAGUAGGAACUGAUUAUUCUUGUCAAGACAACAGGGUUUUGACAUUUUUUGCUUUUUCAUUGUUGGUCCAUCAGUUUUGUUUUUUUUUUUUUUUUUUUUAAUAUGGGCUUUUUUACUUUUGCUCAAAUAUUUGAAAAAAUCAAAACUAUUGACUGGAUUGUAAAUAUAAAAUGUUUUUGAUGCUCACUUCAAGUCCUUAUCACAUACAGAGAAGGUUUCCACCCUCUUAAUUGGUUUCUGCUUUUGGUGGGUUCUACAUUACCUGCAAUAACUGGUGCAAUAUGUAGUGUUUGGUCUAUGUAUUCUGUUGGUCUUGAUUCUGCAUGCCUUUUUGUCCUAUUUUGUCAUAGGAAUUGUGAUGUUUGAGGUGAAAAAUGUUAUAAAAUCUAGUACAAAUGUCACCAAUAUGCUUGAAAAUAAUAGGUCAUGUUUAAGAAAUCAAGCAUAAUGGUCAGCAAUUGCACAGAAUAUAUGAAAAGAACAACUCUUCUUACGUAUAUGAACUAUGACCACUAUAUGUUAAAAAAAUCAUGACUAUUUUCCUAAACCUUUAUCCCAUGUUUUUUGUUGGAGCUUGAAAAUUUAUUUAGUAUUGACAUCCAUUGGCAGCAGACUGGCACUACCAUACAUUUUUGUAAAUUAUAAGCAAUAUCCAUUUAUGGCAUUAAAAUGACACUUCUGUAGAUACAUGAUUGUACACUUAUUCAUGCAGAUGAAAUGCUUGUAUAUGUACGCGUCUUCAAAAAGAAUGUGGAGAGAAAAAGACAAGGGCAAAUGAAUGUAACUGGUUCAAAAAGUCAGCUGUAUUUAUUAACGCACUUUAUAAGCAAAGAAUAGAACUACUGUUAAAUACUAUGCAACUUUGUCAGUGGAGGCACUGAAACAUUUACUGUGAUUUUAUUAGCAUUGCCAUUCUUUUCUAAAGGGUGCUAUCAUGUUUUGUUGGGCUUGUAGCAGAUCAUGUUACUGGGAUCUUAUCUCAGACUGCUUGUAUUGCCACACUUGUUGUGAGAUCUUUAAAAGGGAUCACUAGGCCUGAUCAAGCUUAGAAUAUUUACAUACGGUUUAUGUAAGCUUAUCUUUGUAACAUUUAUGUUGAUACGUGCAUCUCGUAUUACCUGAUUUCUGUAAUAUCCCAUUCCUAGACCACCACCUACGAUCACUGUCUAUAGUUCAGCUGGUUUCCAUUUCAGCAGAAGUGUAACUAAAACAAACGAUGUACAAAUCCUACAGUUCAGUUUUGAAUAAGAGUGUUCAUAAUUAGAAAUGCAAAUCAUAUUUAAGGAUAAGUGGCUUUGUAAAUAUUUUGGAUUUUUGAGAUGGAUCAAGACCACUUCAGAAAUUAUGAAAAUAUGUUAAAGUAUAUUUUUUAACAAAUUAUUUUGACAAUACAAUGAAUUUGGUGCUGAA